AUGAGGACUUUCCCUAAAAGCAGAACUUGUGAGGUUUACAGUGUCUCGGGAUAUGGACAUUGUUCUGCUGUUGGUUCACCUGCACAGGGGGUCAUUACAGAGCCCACCCAGUCACUUAGCCCCCCCACGGAGUCCAAGACUCAGAGCGACUGGAAGGACCAGGGGGACAAGGGAAGCAGAGGACCUGUCUGUGUGGGAAGGAGGAGGUGGGCUCUGGGGGUCCUACCCCUCUUGCCAUUCACUGCCGCCAUUGCACUGAGUCUCCAUUUCUUUACAUCUCCACCCCCUUCAGUGUUCUACCUUGGUGGCAGCGUGGAGUUUCCCAACAUUAGCUUCUCAUUGGACCUGACUGACCCCGCCUCUCCACAGUUCCGCCUUCAGGCUCAGGCUCUAAACCUUUAUUUCUCAGAGCUGUAUGAGUCCUCUCCCUGGAGCGCCUACUACCUACGCUCAGGAAUUACUGCCUUCAGUGAAGGAGCAGAUGGACUGAACGUGUUCUACUGGAGUAAGUUCUCGGGCCCUGGGGGCGUUGCCAUGGAGAUCCAGCGGUGGAGUACAAAGCUUGUACAGCGCCGUCUCCCUGGCACCAAUAAGCUGCUGUACAGCCAGAACGAGGAGCGCUAUUACAUGGAGAGAGACAACGAAUCACUCAACCUGCUGGGUUUAGACUAUGACUAUGAUUCAGAUGACAAGGCAGAUAAAAUCAAGAACCCCAACUCCCUGCAGAACUCUCUACAGAGCGGCAAGUGGCAGCUGGGAUUCCAAGCAAUGUCCUUUGACCUCUAUGCGAAGUACGGUAACAACCGUACCCUGAGCUUGGUGAGUCCCAAGAAGCCAUACUACCAGUGGCGCCUUCGUGUCCCGUCAGGUCAUGUGGUGCGUCUGGUCGUCCUCACCCUGCAUGGAGCCACACCCGGAAGCUGCUCCUCCCACAAACUGUCUGCCUAUGACUUCCUGUUGCCACUACAGAACAAGAUCAUCGCCAGGUGGUGUGGUCUCCCAGUGUCUGGCUCAUCUCCUGUAAUGAAGCUGACGUCGUCUGGUAACGUGAUGCUGGUCACCUUCUCCUUCAGCAGACAGAGAGAUGGAGCCAUCUUCAAGGCCUACUUCCAGGCCAUCCCCAAAGCAGGUUGUGGAGGCUCUCUGUCCUCCUGGAAUGGCUCUCUGUCCUCUCCGUACUACCCUGCCCACUAUCCCCCAAACAUCGACUGCAGCUGGACCAUACGGCCACCGUUGCCUGGAUACCUGAUCUCCAUGACAAUUGUGACGUUGAAUAUCCAGGACUCUUCAUCUUCGGACAGCUGUGAGAAAGACUGGCUGGACAUUGGAGGUGUCAAGCUGUGUAACCCCAUGACUGACAGCGGCAGAAGGAAAACCUACUCCUCUCCCGUCUCUCUACACUUCCACUCUGAUGAGUCUGUCACUCACAAGGGCUUCUACCUUCUCUACAGAGCCUUCUCCCCUGAGAGCACGUGUCCUCGCCAGUUCCGCUGUGGGGAUGGGAGGUGUGUUCCUCUCAGGAAGGUGUGUGACGGAGUCAGAGACUGUUCAGACGGACGGGACGAGGCUAAAUGCUCGACCUGUCGUCCAGGUGAGGUGUAUUGUGGGAACGGUCAGUGCCGGCCUCACAGCAGCCAAUGUAACAGCCAGAGUAAAUGUGGAGAUAGCAGCGAGGAGGCCGACUGUGCAGGUCAAUGCUACCACAUGUGCCACAACAAGGUGUGUGUCUCCAAGUCCUCCGUUUGUGAUGGUGUCAUAGACUGCAAGGACCGCAGUGAUGAGAUCAACUGCACUAAAGCAUUCCAUAAGGGCUGCUCUCCAUCCUCCUAUAAGUGUGCCAAUGGGAAGUGUGUGAAUAAGAUCAACCCAGAGUGUGACAGCGUCAAAGACUGUUCUGAUGGAUCAGACGAGACGCGCUGCGGUUGUGGCACCCGGCCCAGGAAGCGUGCUAAGAUAGUGGGCGGGUCUGAUGCGGGGACGGGGGCGUGGCCGUGGCAGGUCAGUCUACAGAUGGAGCGCUAUGGGCAUGUGUGUGGAGCGACCCUGGUCACCAGCCGCUGGCUCAUCUCUGCUGCACACUGCUUCCAGGACUCUGACACCAUCAAGUACUCUGAUGCGCGGUCUUGGCGUGCCUACAUGGGCGUGCGUGUGAUGAACACGGCCAGCAACGCUGCAGCCACCAGACAGAUCCGUCGUAUCAUCCUCCACUCCCAGUACGACCAGUUUACCUCUGACUAUGACAUCGCCCUGCUGGAGCUCAGCACCCCUGUCUACUUCAAUGACUUGGUACAGCCCGUCUGUGUCCCCGCCUCUUCCCACGCCUUCACCACCGGGACCAGCUGCCACGUCACGGGCUGGGGGGUCCUGAUGGAGGAUGGUGAGCUGGCAUCUCUGCUGCAGGAGGCCACAGUGAAGAUCAUCAACAGGAACAACUGUAACAAGCUAUAUGAGGACGCUGUCACUCCCAGGAUGCUGUGUGCUGGCAACCUGCAGGGAGGAGUGGAUGCCUGUCAGGGUGACUCAGGGGGUCCUCUGGUGUGUCUAGAGAGGGGUCGGCGGUGGUUCCUGGCGGGGAUCGUGAGCUGGGGGGAGGGGUGCGCUCGGCAGAACCGCCCUGGAGUCUACACACAGGUCACCAAGUUCACGGACUGGAUCCACCUGCAGACUAAAGGACAGGUCUGA